AUGGUCGCCCACAGGUUCCACCAGUACCAGGUGGUGGGUCGCGCGCUGCCGACCCCCGGCGAUGAGCAGCCCAAGAUCUACCGCAUGAAGCUCUGGGCCACCAACGAGGUCCGCGCCAAGUCCAAGUUCUGGUACUUCCUGAGGAAGCUCAAGAAGGUGAAGAAGGCCAACGGCCAGAUGCUCGCCAUCAACGAGAUCUUUGAGAAGAACCCCACCACCAUCAAGAACUACGGCAUCUGGCUGCGCUACCAGAGCAGGACCGGUUACCACAACAUGUACAAGGAGUACCGCGACACGACCCUGAACGGCGGCGUGGAGCAGAUGUACACGGAGAUGGCGUCACGGCACCGCGUGCGUGCCCCCUGCAUCCAGAUCAUCAAGACUGCGACGGUGGACUUCAAGCUGUGCAAGAGGGACAACACGAAGCAGUUCCACAACUCCAAGAUCAAGUUCCCGCUGGUGUACCAGAAGGUUCGCCCACCCACCCGCAAGCUCAAGACCACCUACAAGGCGACGAGGCCCAACCUGUUCAUGUGA